UGUUUGAACUUUUCCUGUGCUGCGGUUGAGGCGGAGUGCAGCAGUAGCCAGUGACGGACAGAACCCACCCAGACCAGGCAGCACCGGAGCAGCUCGUAUCGCCUGCGGACGGACAUUUUCGGCAGCGCAGCGCGGAGACUUAGCAGCGCGGGACGUUCCUCGUUGUGCACACGCAGGAAGGAAGGUUCUUUGCCGGCUUCUAGGGGAAGCUACCGCGGGCGAGAUGAGUCAAACCGAACUGGCCAUGAGGACCGAGACGGCGCACCACCAGCAGGUUUUUCAGGAGGCGGUGAAGAAUGGGGACACGGGGUCCCUCCGCCGCCUGCUCGCCGAGAAGGCCGUCAACGUCAACGUGUUCGACCCCGAGGGGCAGACAGCGCUGCACCAGUCCGUGUUGGACGGCAACCUGGAGCUGGUCAAGCUGCUUGUAAAGUUCGGCGCGGACGUUAGACUAGCGAACCGGGACGGUUGGAGUGCGCUGCACAUAGCGGCGUACGGUGGCCAUAAAGACAUUGUUCUGUACCUUAUAAUGUCUGCUAGGGAAAGCAGUGGCAAGCGGUAGCAGGGCCGGGGUUCGAACCCUGGAUCUUUUUAACCUGAACCUGUGGACGUUAUGCUGCUGCAAUUUAGAUAGGAGUUCUAAGACUACAUGAGAUAUGAAACGUUACUUUAUGUGCAGUGGAAAUAUGGAGUAAAAGACAAGAAGAAGAAGGCACGAGACGGUGGAAGAAGUCGGAAGAGUUCGCAGUAGGCACAAGAAAAAAAUGCAACAGAAAACUUUCGACUUCAGUUCAACUCCUCUCCCGAGCGGUCUACCGAGACUUACAAGCGUUCGUCGGCGGUCGAAAGUCGCAAUAAUGACGGGAAUCGAACCCAGGGGCCUUGGUACGACAUUUUUCCUCAGGACCUGUGGACUGCGGAGGGACCGGGUGUGGGUAGGAGGAGUGUUUGUUAUUUGGACGCAAUGCUGCAUUUUUGAUUUGUUAGUAGUCGGACAGAGACGAUGUGUUUUUCAGUUGGAACGAAUGAGUUGCUAGUCGAUAGAGAUGGCUACAGAAGUGUGAUUGCGACCGUCUUUCUACCUCCAAGCUGCAAUGUUCAUGUUUUAAUGAAAAAAAGUGGAACCCAUGACUCGCGUCAACGGGGCUGUGCCGUUCCAAUCUGUCGCUUCUUUUUUUUUGUAACCCUCGCCCCCCUCCCCCUUCCUUUUGUCGUUGUGGGAUUCGAAAAUUGGAUUUUUUUUCUGUGAGAAAGAGUUGCUGAAAAAGGCGUAACGCUGGGGCAUACCGGAAGACGUUCUGGUAGAGUUGUCUGCAGUGCUCCACGCUACACGGUACGACAGUUAGUCUUUGCCCGUGUUGUGUAUCAGUGCCAGUAAACACUGAGGAAUGCAACACUCCGGUUUCUCACGCCAGAGCGCUGCUCUCAGGGGCCGGCGGGAGCCUCAAGAAAACAGAAGAUCUCGCCAAACAAGCUCGCCCCCGGGACACCUCACAAGGACUCUCCCCUCUCAACAACCGCACAAACUACUACAAAGAACCACCGGUAGAAGACUUCAACUAUAUAUCGCUGGAAAUUCGUCGCGGAUUUCUCCUGCGCGGAAAGAUGACCACUGUUACCGAACAAAGCCACACUCACACAACGGUUUGCCCCCCUUUCAGGCAAAGGGGCUUUCCGCACAGAUGGAAUAAGAAUGCUGUCGAUUUGAAUAUAGAACGCCAUUCAGAGCUAGCGUCCUGCCGUUUUCUCUCGACACAUGCUGAAGGAUUGGAGGACUUCAAACUGCCGAGUAUGGAAUCCUGUUUCAAGAAAUACCACAGUACGUAGCAACAACGGUACAGACAUCACCUUAGCAGGAAUUCGUAGGAUUUUUGUCAAGUAUUUUAGAGUGCAACAACCAAUGCAUAAGGACAGAACACAUAUGGACUUGCUGAAUACACAGGAAGGAUGCGAAAAAUGGACGACCCACACAACUCCCGUUGGCGCGCGUUUAAAUCCAGAACUGUAAGUGAUUUAGCAGAUUCACAACUUUGUAUAAUAUGUUCUCAUACCUAUGAUAUAUACGUGCCACGCACGACCAUUUUUCCCGGUCAAAGUCAACCAUUUUGUGUCAACUAUGCUAACGUUUAGUAAAAAAA